GGCUCUCCAGCAGGAAGAUGAAGAUGGAUCUCCACCUCGCCGCCCGUGCCUGGCCCCUCUGUGGGCUGCUGCUGGCCGCACUCGGCUGUGUCUGCGCCAGCGGUCCCCGCACACUCGUGCUGCUGGACAACCUCAACGUGCGGGACACGCACUCGAUGUUCUUCCGCAGCCUGAAGGACCGGGGCUUUGAGCUCACCUUCAAGACCGCAGAUGACCCCAGCCUGUCCCUCAUUAAGUACGGGGAGUUCCUCUAUGACAACCUCGUCAUCUUCUCCCCCUCCGUGGAAGAUUUUGGAGGCAACAUCAACGUGGAGACCAUCAGUGCCUUCAUUGACGGUGGUGGCAGUGUUUUGGUGGCUGCCAGUUCCGACAUUGGUGACCCUCUUCGGGAGCUGGGCAGUGAGUGUGGGAUUGAAUUUGAUGAAGAGAAAACAGCUGUCAUUGACCAUCACAAUUACGAUGUCUCAGACCUUGGCCAGCAUACGCUCAUCGUGGCUGAUACUGAGAAUCUGCUGAAGGCCCCAACCAUUGUUGGGAAGUCAUCUCUGAACCCCAUUCUCUUCCGAGGAGUUGGAAUGGUGGCCGACCCUGACAAUCCCCUGGUUUUGGACAUCCUCACGGGCUCUUCAACCUCCUACUCCUUCUUCCCAGAUAAGCCCAUCACCCAGUACCCCCACGCGGUGGGGAAGAACACUCUCCUGAUCGCGGGGCUCCAGGCCAGGAACAAUGCCCGGGUCAUCUUCAGUGGCUCCCUGGAUUUCUUCAGUGAUGCCUUCUUCAACUCAGCAGUGCAGAAGGCCACACCCGGCGCCCAGAGGUAUUCUCAGACAGGCAACUAUGAGCUAGCCGUGGCCCUCUCCCGCUGGGUGUUCAAGGAGGAGGGCGUCCUCCGAGUGGGGCCUGUGUCCCAUCAUCGGGUGGGUGAGAUAGCCCCACCUAAUGCCUACACUGUCACCGACCUGGUGGAGUACAGCAUCGUGAUUGAGCAGCUCUCCAAUGGCAAGUGGGUCCCCUUUGAUGGUGACGACAUUCAGCUGGAGUUCGUGCGCAUUGACCCCUUUGUGAGGACCUUCUUGAAGAGGAAAGGUGGCAAGUACAGUGUCCAGUUCAAGCUGCCUGACGUGUAUGGUGUGUUCCAGUUCAAAGUGGAUUACAACAGGCUAGGCUACACACACUUGUACUCCUCCACCCAGGUGUCAGUGAGGCCACUACAGCACACACAGUACGAGCGCUUCAUCCCCUCAGCCUACCCCUACUAUGCCAGCGCCUUCUCCAUGAUGGCCGGGCUCUUCAUCUUCAGCAUCGUCUUCUUACACAUGAAGGAGAAGGAGAAGUCUGACUGAGCCGGAACCUGGGCUCCUCCAUACAGCAGGGGGAUGGCAAGAGGGUUUCACUGGAACUGAUGGGUUGGGUUUUUGUUGUUGUUUUUUUUAAAGGCCAUGGGGAAAUGGUACAGCCUUACCUCAGUGAGUGGUGACUGUGGGGUGGGGGGCAGGGAAUAGAGUUUUUUUCUGUAAGUUUUCCCACUUUGAAUCACUCUGGCAUUUUUCAUAUGGGCAGCCACCCCCAUUUCUAAAAUAAAGAGAACAUCUGCCCUCACCCA